CCGGGAGAAAAUGGCACCGCGAGCCGCCUCGCUCCACGCCGUCGUCCCGGCACUGCUCCUCGCCCUUCUCCUCCUCGCGGCGUCAGCGCCUGCACCGGCGGGAGCCUCCUCCAAGCGCCGCAGCACGCCGUCUCCUUUCCCCGCACGGCUCGCUCCUCCGAGGUACCCGGUCGCCCCCGCGGCGGACGGCAGCGGCAACGCCACGGCGGCGAAGCCGUUCACGGCGCACUACUUCCCGCAGGAGCUGGACCACUUCACCUUCACGCCCAACUCCUCCCGCGUCUUCCCCCAGAAGUACCUCCUCAACGACACCUUCUGGCGCAAGCCCGCCGGCGCCGCCGCCGCGGGGCCGCUGUUCGUGUACACGGGGAACGAGGGCGACAUCGAGUGGUUCGCCACCAACACCGGCUUCAUGUUCGACAUCGCGCCCCGCUUCGGCGCCCUCCUCGUCUUCAUCGAGCACCGGUUCUACGGCGAGUCGAUGCCGUUCGGGAACGACUCGUACAAGUCGGCGGACACGCUGGGCUACCUGACGUCCACGCAGGCGCUCGCCGACUUCGCCAUCCUCAUCACAAGCCUCAAGAGCAACCUCUCCGUCCCCGACGCGCCCGUCGUCGUCUUCGGCGGCUCCUACGGCGGCAUGCUGGCCUCAUGGUUCAGGCUCAAGUACCCCCAUGUCGCAAUGGGAGCCGUGGCCUCUUCUGCACCCAUCCUGCAGUUCGACGACAUCACCCCCUGGACGAGCUUCUACGACGCCGUCUCGGAGGACUUCAAGUCUGAGAGCUUGAACUGCUUCACUGUCAUCAAGUCAGUGUGGAACGUGCUGGAUGCCAGGGGAUCCAACGCCACGGGGCUCCUGGCGCUCAGCAAAACCUUUAGAGCCUGCAAGACCGUGCAAUACGUCGAUUCACUGAGCAACUGGAUGUGGACGGCGUUUACGUACACGGCCAUGACGGACUAUCCGACACCCGCCGAUUUCCUGGAGAAUCUGCCUGCCUACCCUGUCAAGGAGAUGUGCAAGAUCAUCGAUGCUUUCCCUGCGGGAGCAGACGUAGUUGACAAGGCCUUCGCAGCAGCGAGCCUGUACUACAAUUACACGGGUGACCAGAAGUGUUUCAAGGUGGAGGGUGGGGAUGACCCCCAUGGCCUCAACGGCUGGGGCUGGCAGGCCUGUACCGAGAUGAUCAUGCCGAUGAACGUGUCAAGCGAGAGCAUGUUCCCACCAUCCGGCUUCAGUUACGAGGAGAGGUCCGAGGAAUGUGUCGAGAGCUACGGAAUUCGGCCGAGGGAUCACUGGAUCACUACCGAGUAUGGUGGCACGAAAAUUUAUCAAGUUCUCAAGAGGUUUGGGAGCAACAUCAUCUUCUCCAACGGGAUGCGGGACCCGUGGAGUCGAGGCGGGGUUCUCAAGAACAUAUCAUCCAGCAUCAUUGCUCUCGUCACAGAGGAAGGGGCUCAUCAUCUGGACUUCAGGUCUGCAACCAAGGAGGAUCCAGACUGGGUGGUAGAACAAAGGAGGCAAGAAGUUGAGAUUAUACAGGGGUGGAUAGAUCAGUAUAACCAGGACACUGCGGAGAUGUCACAGUAAAAAGGCAGUAUUUGUUUUAAACAGUCCGAUGGAAAGAAAUAUUUGGCUCCAUACAAAAUACAAAGAUUUUCCUGAGAUUUACAGGGUGAUAGACAAAGAAAAUUAAGAUAACAGAUUAGUGCAGCUGCAAAUUCAGUAGCUUCGGUCACCCAACAUCAGAAAUUAUAAAACUUGAACAGACACUUUUGAAACA